UUUUUAUUGGAGAAAAGUGAGUGCCAGCAGCACUUUUCACGAAAACUUUCUUCUAAAUGUCAACAUUUUACAAAUAAGUGAAAAAUAAUGGAAGAGGAAGAAUAUCCAGAUCCUCAGGAAUUAAGAGCGACGCUCCAAACGUACAAAAAGUUGGCAGAGGAUUACGGAAAUCAUGACACGAUUUUGAAAGACAAGACUGUACUGUCGUACAUUGCUUUUGUAAUGGAGCAUCCUGAUUCGGAGGUGGUGAAAUUGUCGUUGGAUGUCCUGGAGAUAUUCGUGAGGAAUUUGGAGAAUUAUUCGCACAUAACCUCAACAUUCGGAGUUCGAGAAGCACUCGAUGCAGUGAUUGACAAAUACAGCCUGAACGAGCCGAAACUUGCGAAGCACGCUCAAUAUAUUAAAAAUAGUAUAGAGAGAAUGAAACCACCUAUUUACAAUUUACGAAGCCGAUGUAGGAGAGUUAUUGAACCCAAAAAACUCAGAACUCACGUUAUAGUUCUACACAUCCAUGGUCUCUUGCCUGAAACGCGAGCGGAUUUAGAGUUUACUUUAAUAAGAAUUGAAGGCCUUAUUUCACUAGUUUUGGAUGUUGAACACCAACGAGCCACCAUGAGAACCUUAGUUAACAUCACCGCCAAACAAAUCGCCGAUGCUAUUCAAAAGAACAAUAUAAACAUGGAAGCUAGAUUAGUCACAAGAAAUAAAUAUAAUCAAGAAUUUCUAGUGAAAUUGGUGAAUACAGACACUGAGAAUGACGAAGAACUGCCGGAAUAUCUGCCAGAAGAGGAAGAGCAGGAAGAGGAAGAAAAAGAGGGUGUGAUCUCUUUAUUCACCGGAUUGAGGCAAAGUGCAUCUUCUCUCUAUAAAUCGACAGCUAGUUUUCUACACAAUUCCUUCUAUUGGUGAACAUCCAGUCGAAUUAGUAUUUUAUUUAUUUUCCACCUCGUGGACAUAAAAAAAACAGUCUUGUGUGCUGACCCAUAAACGGCAUAGAAAUUGAAGGAUCAUUUUAAAUAUCCUUGAGCUUUUAUCCUUUAUUUUUGACAAUCAUGAGUCGAAUCUCAGUCUGAAAACCAUGGAAUUCCGGUCACCGAUUUUCGUACUUUCCAUUUUCGAGCUGCCAACUUGCCAAUUUUUCUCAGACGCUUCUAAUCUUCAAUCGUUUCGAGAACUUUCCUAAACUAAUAAAUAGUUAGUGUCAGAAUAAUUGCAAUGCAAGUUAGAGAGAGAGAGAGAGAGAGACCCCUUUGUUUUUUUUUUUUUUAAUUGUAAAUAAUUUCUUUUCUCUUGAGAAAUGUCGAGUAUAUUAAAUUUGUUUAGAAAGUAGCACAAUGCGUGUUUAGAUUUUCGAAAAACUUUUUUAAAAUCUAUUCACUACCAGUUUUGUUAAGGCUGUGCAUUUCAAAUAAGUUUCUACACAUUGUAAUGUCUUUUUUUUCGAGUAAAACUAUUUUAAAAAAAAGCUAGUUAUGUAUAAAUAAUGUAAAUGUUAUUGAAUUACUUUUACCGAAAAUAGUAGAGCUGCGUUUGUUUUCGAAUUGAAUUUCGAUAUUGUAUGUUUUGCGAAAGUAAAAUAAAUGUCUAUGUGUUUAAA